CACUGUUAGUUUAAACUUAUUGAAGACAUAGGAACUGCGUUACUCAAACGUAAAAUUGUAUGUCUUUCCUUUUACGCGGCUCUACGCGAUUUAUUUCUGCUUCAAAUCUUCGAAUCACCGGCAGUGAGAAAGCACGGAUUGCGUCGCAAGUUUUACCUCUUCACCUUCAGAAAGCGCAGUUGCCGGCCGUUGCAAGUUACACGAGGACGAAAAUGACAAACACAGCACAACCGCCGCAACAGCCGGAAAUACCCGAUGUCCUGAGCGAGAAGAAGCUGAGAUAUGUAGAUAUUGGAAUCAACCUUGGCGAUCCCAUUUUUCGAGGCGUCUAUCAUGAAAAGCAAGCGCACGACGAUGACUUCCAUGAUGUCGUUCAACGGGCUGUCGAAGCUGGAUGCGAAAAGAUGAUGGUUACGGGGUCCGACCUCAAAGAAUCCGAGCAUGCAGUUCAGAUCGCGGUGGAAAAUCCCGGUCUCUGUUAUGCUACUGUUGGCGUGCACCCUUGCUCUGCUAAACAAUUUGAUACGCAUGCUGGCGGGCCUGCCGCACUGUUGUCAGCCCUCGAGGAUCUUGCCAUUCGCGCCAAAGCCAGUGGCCACGCCGUAGCGUUUGGUGAAAUUGGACUUGAUUACGACAGACUCUUUCUCACGCCAAAGGAGCCGCAGCUAAAGUAUUUUGAAGCACAGCUAGAUCUUGCUGUGAAAGUACAACUUCCGCUAUUCCUACACUCUCGUGCUGCGAGCGAGGAUUUUGAGCGGUUACUGGGUGCGAGACUCCCAGAGCUGCCAAAAAGAGGUCUUGUGCACAGUUUUACCGGGACAAUAGAGGAGAUGCAGAGGCUUGUGGCACUGGGUCUGGAUAUUGGUGUAAACGGCUGUUCCAUGAAGAGCGAGGAUAACCUGGCCGUCGUCAAGGAAAUUCCGCUGGAGAGAUUGCAAAUAGAAACCGACGGACCCUGGUGCGAAAUCCGGCCUUCUCAUGCUUCUGCUAAAUUUCUAGCCGGUGCACCACCGAUGCCGAAAGCCGUGAAGAAGGAGAAGUGGGCAAAGGGUCUUAUGGUGAAGGGCCGCAAUGAGCCUGCUACAAUUCCGCUCGUUGCUCACGUCAUUGCAAAAGUAAAGGGUGUACCAGUAGAGGAGGUUGCCGAAGCGGCCUACAAUAACUCGAUCAGAAUGUUUGGACUUGGUUCCAUGGAGAAUGCUUCAUCAUAGCGAUAAAAGAAGUUUGCAAAGUCAUCCGUUUUUAGUCCACGAGAGAAGCGAUUCUGAGAUUUGAGCCCUUCUAAGCAUUGUUUCCAUUUUCCCGGUGAUGGUGUUCAUCAUCAUCACUGAAAAUUCAUGUUCUGCGAUUAAACUUGUUAGAGCAUAUUAAACGUCGUUAUGGGUAUAAACAAGAGAGUUCGGAAUACGGCACAAUUGAAAAGCCAAAGAAGAUGUGCAUUGGAGUUACAGAAUUCAGCUUAUAUAUUCAAUUUGCUAGCAUUUGCCAUUAUCAAGAUUUCCAGGGGCGAUUUAAUGGCAUUUCAGGCAUCCUUAGCGGCUUCGAACAUGCAAACCGAAGACAUUUUAUUCUGUGC